UUAAUUUAAAUCUGUUAACAUUUCUUUAUUUAAUAGGAUCGUCGGUGACUAAAAACCAUGGAUAAAAACGUGUUGCGAUUAAUUUUCUUUGUCGCUGUUUCAGCAGCUGCCGUGUCGGGGAACCCAAGUGUAUUGACAUCACAUGACAAGAUCACACUUACGUUCAAAGCUGGCAAAGUUGGCCCAUCCAGACCUAUCGAGAUUCGUUUGCUCCGUGAUGGGGCGCCAAAAGCAACUGAAAACUUCAAAUUAUUCUGCGAAAGAAAAGAGAAAGGUUACGUUGGGACAAAAUUCCACCGUGUGGUCCCGGGGUUUGUUGUACAAGGGGGAGGCAUUGACGGAAAAUCCGCGAUUAAUGAGGACGGUAGCCAUUUUGGCAAAGAAUUUCCAGAACUCCAAUUCCCGGGCGCUGGUUGGCUCAGUUUUGCAAAAACAAACGUCCCCGUUUCAAUGGCAGAGCAAUUCUUUUUUACAACCGGUUGCGAGGACCGCUACGGGUCGCUUAACGACGGGUUUACAGUUUUUGGGAAGGUUGUGAAAGGAAUGGACGUGGUAAAAGAAAUCGAAUGCAUACAAGACGAAAGUAAAGCUCGUGGCAAAUGCACUCACUCAGUAGUGUACCAGAUCGCAUCUUGUAGCCAUGUAUUUGAAACGGUUCACAAUGUUACGGUCGAAGACACACUUGGUCUAGCAUGCUCUAAUGGAAAAGACAGGGUCACAAAAAACUACUGCGACCAACUGAGACAAAAUAAUGAUAACCUCUGCAUAGGCAGACGAGAUGCGGAUUGCUUUACACGAAUGGAUCUAAAAGAGGAAUGUGAAUGUAACAGAAAAAUUGGACAACAACCCGCGCAAUGCAGACCCCAACAGCAACGACGACCUCAGCAAAGAAGACAACGACAGCCACAACGACGUAGACAACAGCCGAGACAGAGAUACCGUCGUCGUCGUCGUUAAAAUGCGAGUGGUGUAACAGCUGGAUUCAGUAGUUAUGACACCGUAUUAGUUUUGGUGAAAUUGGGUUUAGUGAAAAACGGUACGAACCAGCUGAUUAAAUAAAACCAUAAAAUGAUA